AACACAGAAAAGAAAGGGGGAAAAAAAAAAAACCAAAACCCUCAUAAAUACGGAGCAAAACAAAAUUUAGCACCGCUCGGAAGUCGAUCUUAUGGCGAUCUGAAAAUUUCUCUCCCUAUCCCUGCAAUGGCGUCUUGAGAAAUCCCUACUCUUCGAUCUCUCAUCUGAAUCAACUAUCUACCCACGUCUUCCUCUUUCAUGGCUGCUCCGUUCUUUUCGACGCCGUUUCAACCCUUCGUCUAUCAGAGUCCACAGGAUGCUGUUACACCUUUUCAGAUUCUCGGAGGUGAAGCUCAGAUAGUUCAGAUUAUGUUGAAGCCACAAGAAAAGAUUAUUGCAAAGCCUGGUUCCAUGUGCUAUAUGUCUGGUUCAAUCCAAAUGGAAAAUAUAUACAUCCCAGAAAAUGAAGUUGGCUUGACGCAAUGGCUCUUUGGAAAGAGUGUGACUAGCAUAGUUCUCCAUAAUACAGGCACAACUGAUGGAUUUGUGGGCAUUGCCGCACCUUCUCUAGCAAGAAUCCUCCCAAUUGAUCUAGCAAUGUUUGGUGGCGAGAUAUUGUGCCAGCCAGAUGCAUUCCUUUGCUCAAUUAACGAUGUGAAAGUCAAUAAUACAGUUGAUCAAAGGGCACGCUACAUGGUUGCUACUGCAGAGGGAUUCCUAAGGCAGAAGAUAUCAGGUCAAGGGCUUGCUUUUAUAGUUGGUGGUGGUUCUGUUGUACAAAAAAAUCUUGAGGUUGGUGAGGUACUUUGUGUUGAUAUGUCAAGUAUUGCUGCAGUCUCAGCCACUGUAAAUGUCCAAGUAAAAUACAAUGGACCAAUGAGAAGGGUCGUUUUUGGGGGUGAUAAUCUCGUAACAGCAGUUCUAACAGGACCAGGCAUCGUGUUUAUUCAAAGCCUGCCUUUUCAUAGACUUUCACAGCGCAUUGCGAGGGCUGUGACAUCUCCAAACAUGAGGGACAAUCCGAAGUUCUUCCUACAAAUAGCAAUUUUCUUCUUUCUUGCGUAUGUUGUGGUUGUGUCAUCGUUAAUCUUGACGGACAUAUGAAGUUUUUCUUUGUUUUAGGAUUUCGUAGAAAUUCCCGAAGGUGUACCUUGACUUCAGAAUUCAGAUGCCAAAAUAGAGAGUAAACAUCGAGUUAAAGAUUUACGUCAGUUUUACAGGGAGUAUGUAUCAUGUAAAAACAUUUUCAAGCGACGAGGAACCAAAUAUUCUCUUUCAUUUUGCGUA